AUGCGCUUGCGUCGAGGAACAUUAUUUCAAUCCAUUCCAACUAUUGAUCAACAUUUACUUCAAGAUAAGCAACAUCCUUUAUCAUGGAUUAUGUCCGAAUUUGUUGCCAUUACAGCGGCAGCAGCGGCUCGAAUACUAUUUGCUAUUCAUGGCAUUGCAGCUAUUUGGCGAGUAGCAUUAGUAUAUAAACAAAACAAAUAUUGGUUUCAAGCUAUCACUCUUUUUGGUAUCCCGGCUGAAUUUUUCGUUACACUCUAUGUUAAUAAUGGUCACGAAUGGAAAUGGUUUUGUCCAUCCGUAUUCUUUUAUUUAUGUACUGUUAUACCAAGUGUAUGGUUUCUUGAACUUGAUCUUGCCGAAAGACGAUCAAAAUUUAAUGUAACACAAGUACUUGGUUUAAUUCCGGUAUCACAAGGAAUUACUCAUCUUGAUACUGAAGAUACAAUACCACUCGUUCCAUGGAAAAUUCCAGCUGAAAUGUGGACACAAAUUGUUGAACAAACACUUCUUCUUGUUCUUAUUAUUGGACGUUGGUUAUUACCCGUCGGAAAAACAAUGACACGUGAUCAACUUUCUCAAUUAUUACUUGUCUAUAUUGGUACAGCAGCGGAUAUAAUUGAAUUAUUUGAAGCAUUUAAAGAACAUGAUGUUCAACGUAAUCUAACUAUAAUACAUCUUAUUUUAACAGCUUGGUCAAUAAGUUUAAUGCAAUUCACACUUGUUGUUACAUCAACAAAAACACGUAAAAAACGUACAGUAGUUUUUGGACGAACAGAUUCUAAAGAAAUUGAAACAUGUUUUGGUUGUCGAUUAUUUUGGGAAACUGAACUAUGGGCUCUGUCAACUACAAUUCUUUUACAAGAUGGUCCAUUCCUUUGUCUUCGUCUUGGUUUAAUAAUUCAUUAUAAAAUAAUUUCACAAUCAAAUGUAUUUUUUACGACCAAAAAUUUUCUUGUUGUUCUAUUACAAUUCUAUCGAGUUUGUGUUAUUGUAAUUGAACAUCGAAAACGUCAUUUACUGGCACGCUUAUAUGAUAUUAAUGCAAUAAAUCAAACACCUAAUCAUUUACCUGUUGUACGACGAAAAUCUUCUAUAGCACGGAAAAAACGACCUGGUUCAAUAGUAACAACACCAAGGGGUAGUUUUAUUUUACAAUCAAAUUCAAUGACGAAUCUUCGUCCUAUUAGUAUGAAUGGUGAUCAUGUUAGUUUCGAUGGAAAUUCAGAUCCAUUACCAAGACGAAAACAUUCAUCUGCGGUAAUUCUAAAUCCAUCAUCAGUUCCAUCGGCAAGGUCAACAAUGUCGCAUUCCAAAUCAUUGACAAUUGUAGAACGACCAAAUAUUAGUUCGACUAGUCAUAAAAUAUGUACAGAAGUGUAA